UGAUCUCCCUGUCUAAGUUGUUAAUGGCAGAUUCCUCCCCAAAUUUUCCCAAUGCACUUUAAAAUCUUGUAUUCCAUUUAUCUCCACACAUUUUAUAUCCAUAUCCCUUUCAUUCCCUGUAGAAUGUAAGCUCCUUUAAAGCUUAUACCUAACCAUCUAACAUAGUGUUUGUGCUUAAUAAAUGUUUGUUUAAUUGAACUAAAAAGAAAGAAUAUUAGCCUUAUGAGAGAUGAAAGGUAAGACAAAAUGUCAGUGUGGGAAGAGGCAGUAAUUACAGUAGAGAAUAUCAGAGUUGGGAAGGCUCUCAUGACACAAUAUUAGAAGUGAAAGAGACCUUAAAUAGAGAAUAACUGUCACACUUAGAAAGGACUGAGCAAACAGAAAGUUAGAAUUUGAAUAUUAAGCACUAGAUCUAGAAGGGACUUUAGAAUACAGUCAGUCAUAGAAUCAUUAUUUUAAGAUAUUCUCACUGCCUCCAUCCCACUAGGAAGAUUAGCAUUUGGCUGGAAAGUUCUUUUGGGCUAUCUACUGGCUAGUUACAGGGAGUUCUGGCCUGAUGCUCUCUGGGACUUUCUUAGCCCAACUCCUGCUCAGGGGACAUGAUUCUGCUGAAGCAAGGAGGAGCUCUGGUAGAGGUUCUCAGAUGGUAUGACGCGGUUCCAAAAGUCUAUGACAAAUUUCUUUUUUUUUUUUUUUUCCUCAGAAGGAAGCCUGGACUUUUUUUCUUUUUUUAACCAUUACAAUUCAAUGUCCAGGGGACUUUUCCACCCAGCAGGGUAAUUUCUUACUCAUACUCAUUCAGACUCCCCUCCCCCAUGACAUUUCACCCUUUGCUAGGACUUAUCAAGUGACUGAAUAAAGACACCAGCAUUUUACCUCACAAGAGAGGUGACAGGAAUCAUUUCUCCUCCGAGCACCUGCUUUCCUGCUCCCUGGAACCAGUGGGAAUCAGAGGACCUGUCUCCAUUUUCUAAAAGCUUCUCAGAUGGCAGAGAAUCCUUCUGAUACUGUCCUUGUGGGCCCCAGCCUCACCCCUGAUGAAAAUGAAUUCCCCUUUGGAUACCCUACCAGUAUCUGCCAGAGCACCCCUGAGCCAAAGUACUUAUGCUGUGGUUGUCACAAUGUUCUGAAGAAGGCCCAGCAGACCCUAUGUGGUCACCGCUACUGUUCUGCCUGCCUCUCCUGGAUAGUGAGGAUCAGCAAGAACCCUAUCUGUUCAAGAUGCAAAGAGGAGAAUCCUCAGACUGUGGGUGAUGAAAGUUUCUUAUCCGAGGAAAAGGCUUUCAUUGACGCUGCCAUUAAUAAGGAGAUCUCUGAGCUUAGUGUGCAUUGUGUGAUUUCUGGAUGCGGCUGGACUGGUCUCAUGAAGAAUUUCGAGACACAUGAAUGUGGAGGAAUCUCUUUGAAGGACCACAAGCAGACUGUGACCAAGAUCAGCACAGAAGAGAAGGAUGGCUUGAUUCCAAUUGAGGUCCAGGGAAUGUGCUCCUUUGCAGACAUUGGCUGUUCCUUCAAGGGUAGCCAGGAAAUGGUGAAAGAGCAUGAGGUUUCCUCACUCCCAGAGCACCUGAGGCUGCUGUUAGAGCUUGUGAGCCAAGUGAAGGCCCACCACAGUGAGAAAAGGGGCUCAGGUUUCAGCCACGCCAAGCCAAGUGGGAAGCCCCUGGAGAGAAACCUGUCGGACCUACAGCUCCAAGGAGCCGUGGAAGUCAAUGGUGACUUGGAGGCCGACUGCUUUCGGGCUGCCUCCUCUGACUCUGAGGAGGAGCUGGCCCUGCAGAGGUUCAUGAAGGAGAAGCUGCUGGCUGAGCUGCAAGAGAAGCUGCUCGUGUUUGAGAACAUUGUGACUGUCCUGAACAAGGAGAUGGAGGCUUCCCGCCUGGCCAUCGCUGCCUCCGUGCACCAGAGUGGGCUGACCCAGGACCUGAUCCUGAACUUGGAGCAGCGGGUCAUAGAUUUGCAACAGACCCUGGCCCAGAAAGAUUUAGCGCUGACCAAAUUGGAGCAGAGCCUCCAUCUCCUGGAGGAAGCUUCCUAUGAUGGCGUCUACCUAUGGAAAAUCACCAACUUCACCAGGAGAUGUCAUGAGUCUGCAUGUGGAAGGAUGAUCAGUCUGUUAUCACCAGCUUUUUAUACUGCUCGCUAUGGCUAUAAAUUAUGCCUUCGGAUCUACUUCAGUGGAGGUGGAACAAGAAAAGGGACACAUCUUUCACUCUUUAUAGUGGUCAUGAAAGGGGAAUAUGAUGCUCUCCUGGAGUGGCCUUUCCGAAAUAAGGUCACAUUCAUGCUGCUGGACCAGAACAACAGAGAGCAUGUUAUCGAUUCUUUUCACCCAGACCUGACCUCGGACUCCUUCCAGAGGCCUCAGGGGGAAAGCAACACAGCCAUUGGCCGCCCUAUGUUCUUCCCACUGAACAAGCUGCAGUCCCCCAAACACGCCUAUGUGAAAAAUGACACGGUUUUCCUCAAGUGUGUCAUAGAAACGAACUCAUGAAGCUGGGAGACAGAGGCUCAGACCUCAGGGGAACGCUAGGAGAAGGAGACCCUUAGUCAGAAGCCUUCCCUGGCAGAAAGAAGCUUAGAGGCCGGCGGUCCCUGCGGAUCUCUUCUUUGGCGUUCCAGAGGCAGCCAUCAUGGCUCUGCUCAAACACUUCCAGUGACGGAGAACUCACUACCUCUAACAAAUCAGCCUCCCCAUCGCUGGACAGCUCUUUUAGUAGAACCUUCUUCCUUAAACCGCCUCCCUAGGGACUUCCAAGCACUGUUCUUAGUUCUGUCUUCUUGAGCCAUACAGACAAGCUUACUACAACUUAAGAGAAAGAAGGUUUAGUACAAGGCAAAAAGUCCAAAAACCUGGGUUCAAGCCCUUAUUACAUUACCCACUACGUGUGUUAUCAUGGCAGAAAUGAGGGAACUUCUGAACCUCAAUUUGCUCACUUCAGAAAUCUCACAGCUCUGCCCCCCCACAAGAACUGUUUGGGGUCCAAUGACCUAGCUCCUGUCCACGGGAUUGUUGGGGUGGAAGUAUCAUCCCCACCCCUUCCUUAUCCCCUGUCCAAGUUCAUAGUCUGUGUGUGCUCUUUGAAGCAAUCAACUAUUACUUUAUGCCAGCUCAAUACACUUUGGUAGUUUCUGUCCCUUGUCUGGUGGCCUGCUUGACAGGAGAGAGACAGAGACAGAGAAAGAGACAGAGAUAGAGAGGAGAGAGAGAGAUACAGAGACAGAGAGAG